GCGCCCCUGGACACCAGCCAGCCGCAUGAUCACAGGCGAUGGCAGCACGUCGACUCUCUGGGGCGGCGUGGCCCACCGAGCCGCCAGGGAGGCCGGGCUGACUAUGUUCCCGCCGCUCGGCCACUCCGUGGCCGCCGGCCUGGCCAGACUGCAGCCGCGCGCUCGCAUCAUUGUCAUCCUGCGCGAGCCCGGCGACAGGCUAUUCUCCGACUACUUGUAUUUUAACGCCGAUUUGGACAAAGAAAAGAACGCCGAUGGGUUCCACAACCUGACGCUCGAGGCCGUGGCGAUCUGGAACAACUGCACCACCUUUAGGAGCGUGGACGACUGUGUCACCGACCGCUCCGUCCUCCUCAGUUUCGGGAUCGUGCGUCUGCAUGUGGGCCUGUACGCCGUGCAUCUGCGACAAUGGCUGGAAACGUUCCCGAGGCCGAACAUCCUGGUACUGCGCACGGAGGACUACUCCAGGAAUGUCAACCACAGCAUGCUGCAAGUGUAUCAGCACCUCGACUUGGCGCCACCGUCAGAGCAAGACAUGAGGCUGGUCAACUCCGCUCGGGUCCUCAACGCGCGCCGAACCAACCUGCAGCGGAUGCAGAUGUUGGCCGAGACGCGGCAGCUGCUGACGGACUUUUACCGGCCACACAACGAGCGGCUGGCAGUCCUGCUCGGGUCACAGCGCUUCCUCUGGGAGGAUACGUGACCAGCGCCCGGCCGCCGUGGCCGUCUGGACGUCCCACGGCCCCACUCGCUGCGACGAGUGCCAGCGAGAGCUACGCAUGCAGGCGUGGAGAGUUGCGGCAUCAGAGGCCGGGCAUCUAGUGCCUUUGGUGCUGGCUGAACGGUGCGAGCGAGGCUGUUCUCGUGACUACCGGCGCGCGGUCGACCCGGUUUGUAUCCAGUCCUGUUCCAUCGUCGUGUCAUCGCAUGUUAGCUGGGUCAGGGACAACUGCCCGAUUUGCCAACGGGUGGGGCGCAGCAGCCGAAAUGCAGCUGGAACGUCACCUGUAUGACAUACAAUAUGUAAUACGCGUGUAAA